UAACAGUUUCCCUCUGCUUACAGUCUUUGUGCUAAGCUAGGCUAACAGUGUCUCUGCUCUGUAACAAACAUCUGCAGAUAUAUAACAUAUACACACAUCUGUGUAUAUUAAUUGCACACAGCCCUUUAUCCCCAUUCGUAGUUCUCAUUUUUUUGUAAAGCAUUUCUGUUUGUACGGUCACUUUGUAUUUUUAAUGAAGCCUUUGUUUAGAGGUGAGCAGGUCAGCUUCUGAACACAGUUAUAUAUGAACUCCUCCGUACAUAUUUAAGUUUAGAUUUAUAUCAGGUUACUCUACUUAGUCUGUUUUGUGAUUCAGCGUCAUGAGUUCAAAAUAUGAAGCCUAUUUUCUGUUUCCUAUCUCUCGAACCGGUCCAGACUGGUUCAGACCGGUCCAGUGUGAUGGCCAUGUUCAGACGUCUGAAGAUCUUCGUCACUAAAUUCUCUCUGAUCCACCGACGCUGCUCAAGCUACGUCUCCAGGAUGAGAUACUUGGACCGGUUGAAGGUGGACGAUGAGGCAUGUUCUGCGGCGCUGCAGAACUCUCACAUGUUCUUGUUCCACCGUCUGUCUCCUCUCCUGCAAUGCACCAAGCGAGGAACUCUGAGACCAGCAGCACUCAUGAGCUCAGAUGUUCUCUCCAUCCUGGAGAGACUCGGUUCAGACAGACCCCUGCUGAAGGAGUCGGUUUUGAUUGGCUGUUCUGAACAGAACCGGGCUCAGUUCUGUCUGGAUGUUGGAGUCUUGGAUCAGGCAGCAGUGGAGGACAUUUGUGAUGGAACCUUCAUCGAUCUGAGGAAAUCCUUCUUUCUUCUGACGGGCUUAGAGGCUCCGCUUGUGGCCAAGGCUCAGGCUCUGCUGCGCUGGCAUCAAACCAGCGGAUUCUGCAGCGCCACAGGCCAGCCGACCCACCGGAACCAGGCAGGAAGUGAGAGAGUCUGCAGGAGCAGCGGCAUCAUCUACUAUCCCAAGAUGUCUCCUGUGGUCAUCGUCCUGGUGUCUGAUGGGAAACGCUGUUUGUUGGGUCGACAGCCGUCAUUCCCCCGAGGGAUGUACAGCGCUCUGGCCGGGUUCUGCAAUAUGGGUGAGACUCCUGAGGAGACUCUGAGUAGGGAGGUGGCGGAGGAGGUCGGUCUGGACGUCCUCAGUGUCUCCUACAGCUCCUCGCAGCACUGGCCAUUCCCGCACAGCUCCUUCAUGCUUGGCUUCCACGCCACCGUUAGCCCCGCCCACACUCAGUUGAGUGUGGACCACUCGGAGCUAGAGGACGCCCGCUGGUUCAGUCUGGAGGAAGUGACAUCAGCUCUACAGGUAAAUUCUCCACCCCGGAGCGGCGAUGCCCCUGUCAUCUGGUUCCCGCCAAAACAGGCCAUCGGCAACCGCCUCAUCAGAGAGUGGGCAGACCGACAGCGCCGCGGCGAGGAACGAGAGUGACAUGGACCGUGUAUGCAAACAUAACGGACAGGUGACCUGUGACCUCACCUGGGACGGUCACGUGAUCAGGCAGGGACAGGUGUGCAGGAAGUCUGUCAGCAGAUGGUGCUGAUCGAAGCCCGAGAGUGAAAUGUGAACACGUGUGACAUCACCUCCUGUUGACAUCAUGAUGAUAACAGCUAGUGGACACUCACCGUCUCCAUGGCAACACCAUACUUCCUGUUUUUUUUUUUUAACUGAGUGGAGCUUCUGACUGGCCGAACAGACUCCUCCAGCAGCCAAUCACAUGUUCUGACGAUUUUAAUAAACGAGUUUUAAGUG